AUAAAAAGUAAAUAACAAAUUAAUUUAAUUGUCAACUGUCAGUUGUUAAAUAUGACAAGAGAAUUGACUGACAGCGACAUCUCUGGAUUGGAAUGGUAACUAAUUUGCUGUCUUGACCUUGACAAUUUACGUGAAUCGUCUAUGAGUAUGUAUGGUUUGUGCAUACUAUGGGAAGUACACGUACACAUUGUUUUUAGGAUCAAGUGAAACAAUUAAGAAGCGAUUUGGAUCUUGCAAUGGCGGAAAUUGCAGAGCUGAAAAAAAGUUUUGAUAAUGCAUCCAAAACUUUGGACGAAAAAAGCUUUAAUCUCAACGUUAUUAGUAAGAAGUUUCGAAACGCCGAAGAUGAGCUUCUGGACAAAACGGAUAAAUUGAACACAGUUCAAAUGCAGAAUAAAUUGAUGGUAAAGGAAAUUGAAAAAAUGAAGGAACAUUUGCAGAUAAACGAAGCAGAAAAGUUAGAGUUGUCUAGAAAACUAGAAGUAUUUGAAACAAAACAUCGCCAAACCUUCAUUUAUCAUAACCAAAUAUUAAAAAGAGAAAAUGCGUUGAUGAGCACCAUCGAAGAAGUAGGAGAUAUGGUUAAAAUGCUGAAGUCGGAAGUGAGUGAAGUAAAUGAGUUCCACAAGGAGGCUAAGUUAGCUGAAACGUCACUACAAAAAUACCAACAACUCGUUCGUAGCUAUGAUAAGGUGAAAACAGAUAAAGACUACAUUCAGGAGCAAUAUAUAAAGAUAAACGUAAAAUGUGAAAUGUUGGAACACCUCCUUAACUUAAAUGAAGAUAUCCGGGAACCAAAUUUAGUUAAUAACAUCAUCUUCAAUCAGUGGACCUCCAGCAGAUACCACUAUAACCAGCAGAUUCAAAAAUUAAAUGAAAUAAUAAACAAACUGACAGACUCGUAUACCACCGAAAAAACUACUAACGUCCAACUUAUUGAAAGACUGGAGGAACUAAAACUGGAAAAUGAUAAACUGAUGAAAGAUACAUUGUACAAACCGAGAGAAACUGAAAAGUUAGGACCAGAAAUGAAAGAACUCAAAGAGACAGGAAAAGAAAAAGGAGAUGUUGAACCAGUUACGAUCAAGGAAGAACCUAUUAUAAUUGAUUAGUUUAGUUAAAUAAUACUUUUAGGUGAGCAAAAAAUAAUAAGUUAUUAACAUUUAUUCAGUAAUCUUUAAUGCUGUUGUCGAAAUACAACCGAAAGAGUGUACAUUGAUGAGCGCGCUAAUAACUGGCAAAAUAACGCAAAAUAUGAAAAACAUAAUACGUUGUAAAAUAAAACGAGGUGAAACUGGUAGCUGUGGGAAAUUUAGCGAUAGAAACCUAUAAAUUGACAUUAUAUUAAUAGUUUCCCACCUUUAGACGUAUUGGAGGAGUAUGUCAACUAAAACUGUUACAGUGGUAGUGGUCCGAUACGUCUAAAGGUGUGAAAAUAGGGAGUUUUUGUGCACACAAAUACGUAAACGUAACGCAUCUUUUUGACAUAUACGCUUGCGCAUUAAUGGUUGAACUACCGUAUCGAGAUACGCAUUACCUAAGGUUACGGGCUGGUACGUUAGGUUCAUACGCAUCCCUAUCGAGCCGAAAGUCACCGAAUGCACACGAGUAUCUUGCCCGAUUACCUACCAAAUGAACAUUUCAUCAGCGUACUACUCGUUUCUAAACAUUUUAAGGUUAUAUUGGUUAUUGGUUUAGUCUAUUUGAGUAAAAUUAUUCUGUGUUUGUAAUUGGAAAUUGGAACUUCAUAAUAGUUUUAAAAUUUUAUUGUUUUUAAGUUGUCUAUUAAUAAAGCAAAACAAACAAAUCUUGUAUUAAUUUAAGAAAUACAGUGAUCACCACAAUUAAUAACUAGAUAAACAAAUGACCUAGUUUCAGUAAAAUUUUCAAAUAAAUAUUACCACACUAUUUACAUUAUACCUACUGGAAUUCUGAUGUAGGUAUACAAUAAUUUACAACUAAAAAGUAGGUAUAAACAAAAAUAAAAAAAUUUUAACCUAAGGAAAAAUAAUAUUUUUAUAUUUAAAUAGAAGCAAUUAAAACCAUACAAUUUCAUCAUUCAUUUAUCUUUUUUUACAUUUGUAUAUUAAUUGUAUAUUGUGUGAACAUUGUUUUAUUUUUUUUAAUGUCAACGGAAUUUAAAAAUGACUUUACGAUUUGCUUUACGUUACGUUAAGGCAGUUACAAAAACUACCUAUUUUAACAUUCAUCCUCUACGACACGUUAGUUCCUUUACGUAUACGGAGAUGCGUACGUUACGUAGCAACAAAAACUCCCUACUAUCAAUAUAAUGUCAAUUUAUAGGCUUCUAUUGUGAAAUUUCCCCUCUCUACUAGUUUCAUCCCGUUUUUUUCACAGCGUAUUAUGUUUUCCAUCUUUUGCGUUAUUUUGCCGGUUAUUAGCACGCUCAUCACUGUAUUUUGAUUUCCGUUAUUUAUUUUAUUUAGUAUCCUAGACUUUUUAACAACAACAAAAUAAUUUUAUGAACAACUUCAUGUUUGUAAUUCAUGUUAUAUAAUAUGAGGGACCCCAUUUCUUCAUAUACAAAUUUCACAUUUCAAUUAGAAAACUGUUUCUUUUAUAUAAAAGACACUUGAAAGCAGAAAAGAUUAGCUGUGUGCUAAUAUAUGUUAAAAAAUAUUGUAAAUCAAAAU